UGUGGGACUUUAUGUAAGCCCAACAUGGCUGCCCUGUGUGCCAGAACUCUGGGUAAGGUCGGCUGGUCCCUUCUGGAGUCUCCGGGGCUCCGCAGGCCCGGCACCGUGUCCUCUCUGGUGGGGAACCUGAGCUCGCAUGGGUCCCGGAGGUCGUUCGGGUCCGGGGGGUCCGGAGUCCGGGCCAAGCUGCUCUCCCUGCGGGGAGCAGGAGGCAGGGCGCUGGGGUGCGCCUUCCUGCUCGGUGGAGGUCUGGGUCUCUAUCAGUCCGUGAAGAUGUCUGUCCAGCAGCACCUGGCCCAGGAGGACACCAAGCCUCCAGGGGGACGUCUGAACUUGACCCUGUACCAGUACAAGACGUGUCCGUUCUGCAGCAAGGUGCGAGCGUUCCUGGACUUCUACGGGCUGCCGUACGAGAUCGUGGAGGUGAACCCGGUGAUGAGGAAGGAGCUGAAGUGGUCCACCUACCGGAAGGUGCCCAUCCUGAUGGUGCAGGGGGACGUGCAAGUGAACGACUCAACCGUCAUCAUUAGCGCCAUCAGGACGUAUUUAAUCAACCAGGAGAAAAGUAUGUCUGAAAUCCUCGGCUUUUACCCGGAGAUGAAGUCGAAGAACGACAGCGGGAAGGAGGUGACGGAGUUCCUCAACAAGUACUGGCUGAUGCUGAGCGAAGCCGAUUCCACCGACAUUUACCCCGAGAAGGGGAUGCAGAAAGAGGAGAUGAAGUGGCGCCAGUGGGCUGAUGAUUGGCUCGUGCACCUCAUUUCUCCGAACGUGUACCGAACCACUGGGGAGGCCCUGUCCGCCUUCGACUACAUCGUGCGCGAGGGCAAGUUUGGUAAUUUUGAAGGUUUCUUCGCCAAAUAUGUCGGAGCUACGGCCAUGUUCCUGAUCUCCAAAAGGCUGAAGAGUCGAUACAACCUGCAGGACGACGUCAGGCAGGAUCUGUACAAGGCCGUCAACGACUGGGUGGCGGCCAUCGGCAAGAAGAGGAAGUUCAUGGGUGGAGAUCAUCCGAACUUGGCCGACCUGGCGGUGUAUGGCGUCCUCCGAGUGAUGGAGGGCCUGCAGGCGUUUGACGACAUGAUGGAGAACACCAAAGUCAAAAUCUGGUACAGACGCAUGGAGAGAGCAACGCUCGACCAUGAAGGUCGAAACUGAAGCUGAGACACUGAGACGGCUUCCAGCCUCUUUCAAAUGAUCAAAACGAACAUUUAACCUCCGGGAAGAAAAGUGACCAGCGACCGGGAAGCAGCACGUCCUGCUUCCACGGUGUGAGAGCAGUCGCUGCCGCCAUUUUCCAUUUCCUGCUCGACUCAGGCUAAUUUAAACCUGAUGAUUUGUAAGAACGAGUAGAUAAAGACAUCACACCUGAGAAAAUUGUGUCAUCACAUAUUUAAUUUAACCUUAAGUGACUUAGCUGCUCUUUGGCAGAACCAGUUAAUUUAAGGACAUCUGUGACUUUUACUGAGCUCUAGUGGUGAACGUUGGAACUGCAACAAGAUUCAGAAAACUCAGUUCCUUUUCUGCAAUUUUAAUUCACUUGACCAACACAAUGAAGUCAAAUUACAAGUGAAGGAAUAAAUAAACAUAUUUCUGAUGAAGCAA